GUGUCAUUUGUCAAAUGUCAAGUUCACGUUCACUGUUUCACGUUGUAAGCUGUUGUUUUCUUAUAACUUGAAAUUUAUCUACACGUAUCCCUUUAUUAAUACAUAAUGGCAAAUUUUACUGAAACGGCUAUACAAAAUAUUGGAAAGGUCCUAAACGAUCCAAACCGACCAAUGAAGGAAAGGUUUAGAGCACUAUUCACUCUCCGAAACAUUGGUGGAGAAACUGCAAUAAAUUGCAUCAGUGAGUGUUUCAAAGAUGAGUCAGUGCUGUUAAAACAUGAAUUAGCUUAUUGUUUAGGCCAGAUGCAAGAUAAAACAGCGAUACCUAUUCUCAGAGGAGUUCUAGAGGACAAAAACCAGGACCCAAUAGUACGACAUGAAGCAGGUGAAGCACUCGGAGCCAUAGGUGACCCCAACCUCAUAGACUUAUUAGAGAAAUACAAGAAUGACUCAGCUAUAGAAGUGGCGGAGACCUGUCAAAUAGCAUUACAAAGAUUGAGCUGGGUGGCACAGAGUAAUGAUGAAAAACUCAGUAGGAGUAAGUUCUUAUCGAUUGAUCCAGCGCCGCCAAGCACAGAGCAGGAUAUAGAGACCUUAAAGGGUACAAUGUUGGACGAAAGCAAAUCCUUGUUUGAGAGGUACAGAGCAAUGUUUAGUCUGCGUAACUUGGGUACUACAGAGAGUAUUAACGCUUUGGGAGAAGGUUUCAAAGCAAGCAGUGCUCUAUUCCGGCACGAAGUCGCCUUCAUCUUUGGUCAGAUGCAAGAUGAGCGUAGUAUUCCAUUCUUGAAGGAGACUCUAGAAGACACACAGGAACAUGAGAUGGUGCGGCAUGAAGCAGCUGAGGCUCUUGGGUCCAUCGCUACACCUGAAUGUACUGAAGUAUUGCAGAGGUAUCUCAAUGAUCCGAGACCAGUAGUUCGCGAAAGCUGUGAAGUCGCUCUUGAUAUGUCAGAAUAUGAAAAUAGCCCUGAAUUCCAAUAUGCUAACACUUUGUUGACUGUUGAGAGCUAGAUACAAUAUAGUAUAAUUCAAUAUAUAAUAUAUCAAUUUAAUAUUUUUGAGAUAGAGAGUAUUUAAUUUAAAAAUAUUCUUAAAAUUGUAGCAGUGUCCCAGUCUAUGUUAUCUAAAAAAGAUGAAAUUUUGGCGUAUUACCCGUGGUCCCCCCGCUAUGACCCACUGGUGGGUUUUAGGUGGUUUCGGUUUAAUUGAAUUGAUGAUUGAUAAGUAUUUUUAUGUAUUGUCUUUAAUUUAUUUUUAAUACUGCAUACUUGUUAAACAUUUUUUUUUCAAAAGAGCACAUAUUGUGUUACUUUUUGUUCAAAGAGAAUUUUUAUAACGAGAUUGUUGUAAAAUACGAGUAAAUUAUAAAUUAAAGUUUGUAUAUUAUUAUAUA